UUUUCAGUCCCAUCUACGAUCUGCUGCUAGUCGUCCCUCGAGCAGGCGUGGCUGGCUGUGGAACGAUAAUAAGUGUAGGAAUGUCUCCGAAUGUAUUUCCUUGUUCUUGAACUAUCACAAAUCCUUCAUUUCCUUGCAAUAUUCCUGUGUGUCGAACUCAACCGUGUCGUGUUUCCUUUCACUGCUCCUCCCGAUAUCUCGACCUGAACCAUUGUCCCAGCAGGACCACCCUACAAUAACACAGCACCGGAUAUCAAAAUGAGCGCCGACAAGAACCACGGCAGCACCGAGAAGAUCAACACGGAGAUCGUCACUCUUUCGCGUUAUCUCAGUGAGGAACAGUCAAAGCACAAAGAGGCCACUGGUGACUUCACUCUCCUAUGCCAUGCCCUCCAAUUCUCCUUCAAAUCGAUCGCCUACUACAUCCGCCGAGCGUCCUUGAUCAACCUCUCCGGUCUCGCCGGUUCCGCCAACACAACCGGAGAUGACCAGAAGAAGCUCGACGUGAUCGGCAAUGACAUCUUCAUCGCCGCUAUGCGGUCGUGCGGCCGUGUCCGUCUCCUGGUCUCAGAAGAGGAAGAGGAAGUGAUUUUGUUCAACGAACACCCCGACGCCCGCUACGCUGUUGCCUGUGACCCCAUCGAUGGAAGCAGCAACCUCGACGCCGGUGUGUCUGUCGGCACAAUUUUCGGAAUCUACCGCCUCGGUGAUGACGCCAAAGGAACCAAGGAGGACCUUCUCAAGCCAGGCACUGAGCUGGUGGCCGCCGGUUUCACCAUGUACGGCGCGUCCGCACAGCUGGUCCUCACAAUGAACGGAGGAAGCGUAAACGGCUUCACCAUGGACAAUGCUCUGGGAGAAUUCAUCCUGACCCACCCGAACAUGCAAAUGCCCAAGAAGCGAUCGAUCUACAGCUGCAACGAGGGAAACAGCAAGUACUGGGAAGAGCCGGUGCUGGAGUGGUGCAACGGUUUGAAGCAAGCCGAGAAGCCUUACUCUGCUCGUUACAUCGGAUCCAUGGUCGCCGACGCAUACCGCACUCUGUUGUACGGAGGAAUUUUCGCAUACCCUGCGGACAAGAAGUCGCCAAAGGGCAAGCUCCGUAUUCUCUACGAGUGCGGCCCCAUGGCGAUGGUUUUCGAAAAUGCUGGUGGCCAGGCUGUCGACAGCAAGAUGCGACGCAUGCUCACGGUCGUUCCCGAGCACAUUCACGAUCGCAGCGGUAUCUUCCUCGGCAGUUACGAUGAGGUCCAGAAGGUCAUUGACAUCCACAAGAAGCACGGCAUUGGCGCGUGAUGGGCUUGAGUUUGUGGAACGUGUAUGGAGAAAGUGGCUCAGACUGCAAAAUAUCGUACUGUCUUGAUCGGGCGUCGUUCUUCGACGACAAAGGAGGAGCUCCGCGUGGCACACCGUGUUGGAUUCGGGUGUCAGAUGUCGACGUUUCAGCCGGUGUCCCAGGUGCAAAAACAGCAGCGUGAAAAGUGCACUCGCACACUUUGGCAGAAUUUAAAACACAAUCUAGUCAUGGCCAUGUCAUCGAACUUCCAAUGCAGUAACGGC